AUGGAUACGUAUUUACAUACUCGAAUUUCUGGGAUAGUUCCUUCUGUCACUGCUUUUACUGCAACUACUACUUCACGUGGCAACAACCACCUGCUUUCGAGAUUCUCCUUUCCAUUUCGAAAAUCUCUGAACUCCCGACUCAUCGAGAAUUCCGGCGGAAACAACGGCCUCGGCAUCGUCGACGAUUCUGUUAUGGCAGAGAAUGUGGUUGUUGCGGAGACGGAAGGAGAGGGGAAGAAUGCCAACUGGAUUUUCAAGGUUUUUGAACUGAAUUCUGUUUGGAGAGGAGAACAAGAGAGUGACGAUGAUGACGAUGAAGACUGUGGUGUUUGUAGUGUUGAUGAAGAUCAAGACGAAGUUUCGUUUGAUAGAGAGUCUUUUUCGAGAAUGCUUCGAAGGGUAACCCUAGUUGAAGCAAGAAUGUAUGCGCACCUGUGUCACUUGGGGAAUUUGGCAUACUCUAUUCCUAAUAUCAAGUCAGGAAACCUCUUGAAAAGACGUGGUCUUCGAUUUGUAACUUCAUCAAUAGAGAAAAGGGAACUGGCUGCAACAGCUGAUAAAAAUCUGGCAUCUGAAGCAAUUCAGAAAGAAGAGACCAGUGAAAAAGAAGCCGGAGAAAAAAAUGAUGAGUCGAUGAUAAAUGCAUCUUCUGCUUGUCAGAUUUCGCUGGUUGAAGGGUCACUUGAAGCAAGAAGAAGGAGCGUUGAUACUGUGAACGUGAUAAACACAAAUGCUGGUUCUUUGAUGGCAACAACUGAUUCAAUGUCAGCAGUAAUUGUUGCAGAUGAGGAAGUAAAACAAGCUUUUGCCGGUGAUUUGAAUUCAACAAGUUCUACACCAUGUGAAUGGUACAUAUGUGACGAUGACCAGAGUUCUACAAGAUAUUUUGUUAUUCAGGGUUCAGAAUCAUUUGAGUCCUGGCAGGCAAACCUACUUUUUGAGCCAGUUCAAUUUGAGGAGCUUGAUGUCCUUGUCCAUAGGGGCAUAUAUGAGGCUGCAAAAAUGACAUAUCAGCAGAUGUUACCUGAGGUUCAUGUUCACCUAAAAUCUCAAGGCUCUCGAGCAACUUUCCGUUUCACUGGCCAUUCUCUGGGAGGAAGCUUGGCAUUACUUGUAAAUCUUAUGCUGUUGAUAAGGAAGGAAGUGCCAGUUUCUUCUUUGCUUCCUGUGGUAACUUUUGGUUCCCCAUCAAUCAUGUGUGGAGGCAACCGUCUGCUCGAAAAGCUAGGAUUAUCUCGGAGUCAUGUUCAAGCAAUUGCAAUGCACAGAGACAUAGUACCACGAGCGUUUUCUUGCAAGUACCCUAAUCAUGUCACAGAACUAUUAAAGGCCGUUAAUGCAAGCUUUCGCUGUCAUCCUUGCCUUAAUAACAAAAAGCUACUAUAUGCACCGAUGGGUGAGUUAUUGAUUCUACAGCCAGACGGGAAAUUUUCACCUAGCCAUGAUCUCCUGCCACCAGGCAGUGGUCUAUACCUUUUGACAGGCCCUCUUUCAGAAUCCAGUGACACGGAACACCAUAUCCAAGCAGCUCAACUAUUCUUCUUGAACUCCCCGCAUCCACUCGAGAUAUUAGCUGACCGAUCCGCCUACGGUUUUGGAGGAACCAUACAGAGGGAUCAUGACAUGAAUUCAUACUUGAAAUCCAUUAGAACCGUGAUUCGUCAAGAACUUAGCCAAAUCCGCACGGCGGCAAGGAGAGAGCUGAGACGAAAGGUACGGUCUCCUUUCGUGGCGCGACGUGUAAGCGAUGCAGACAUUGUUGAUGGGAGGUCUAUGGUAAGGGUCCGUAUAAUUCACGACCAGCCUCCCUUUUCAGGUAUUAUACAGAAACGUAGAAAGUCCUUGAAAAGGUUCAGUAGGCUUGUUGCAUCUCAACAUAUGCAACUAUUUGUAAUGUUCUUGUUUGUUUCCGGCACGGUUGUUACUCUUGGAAACAUGUAA